CCCCAGCCCAGCUCCAGUUCCCAGCUCCAGCCCCCAGCUCCAGCCCCCAGUCCAGCUCCCAGCCCCCAGCCCCGCGUCCAAACUCAGCUCAGCCGGGCCGCAGACGACGCCCAGGCGUCGGGGGAGCCCCGGAGAGCAGGGAGCCCAAAGGCCGGAGAGCAGGGACCCCCAAGCCCCGCGGCGGGAGCGCCCCCCGCCCCGCCCCGCCCCGCCCCUGGCCGCAGCCCCGUGCCCGGGGGAAGCUCGAGGACCAUGAACAGCAGCAGUAAAAGCGACAAGGAGGACAGUCCGAGCGAGGCCAGUCUCCAGGAGGAAGAGGUCAGGACCUUGUUUGUUAGCGGCCUACCCCUGGACAUCAAGCCCCGGGAGCUGUACCUGCUCUUCAGACCAUUCAAGGGCUAUGAAGGAUCUCUUAUAAAGCUUACAUCCAAACAGCCGGUGGGCUUUGUCAGUUUCGACAGUCGAUCAGAAGCAGAAGCUGCUAAGAAUGCAUUGAAUGGCAUUCGCUUCGACCCUGAAAUUCCACAGACGCUGCGGCUAGAGUUCGCCAAGGCGAACACGAAGAUGGCCAAGAGCAAGCUGGUUGGGACCCCGAACCCCAGCACCCCUCUGCCCAGCCCCAUCCCUCAGUUCAUUGCCAGGGAGUCAUAUGAGCUCUCAGUGCCUGCACUUUACCCCAGUAGUCCUGAGGUGUGGGCACCAUUCCCUCUCUACCCAGCGGACUUAGCGCCUGCUCUGCCUCCUCCUGCUUUCACCUACCCUGCCUCACUGCAUGCCCAGAUGCGCUGGCUCGCUCCGUCCGAGGCGGCUUCUCAGGGCUGGAAGUCCCGUCAGUUCUGCUGAAUUCUAUGUACCAGGUGUGUGAUGGUGGCUACGAUCUGUCUUGUGGGAGUUGAUGCCAUCCUCCUCGGUGGCUCCCAGUGUCUCAGGCCGCUCCUUCAAGCUGCAGGGUGUGGGCUUCAAACCCUCACCUGGUUUGCAUCCCUUCAAGACUUUGCCACAGCCUCUAUCACACAUCUGAUCUUCUAGAAGAAAAGUCUAAUAAUAAAUAAAAACGUUUUACUCUUUUACACUGUAUAAUUUUAAAGAAUAGUGUGUUACUUGUGAACGCAUGGUCUGACUUACAUUGCUGUACAGUUGGGAAAGUAUUUUCAAACACAGUAUACCAAAGCAAACAAUGAAAAGCUAGACAGUGAGUAUUUUUAUACCAAACAUUGUAAGUUUGACAGGUUGAUUUUACACUGGUUUGGAUCACAGUAUUUGUGCUUGAUUUUCAAGAAUGCUUGUAACUAAGAAUCUAUUUUUUUUUCCCUUAUACUUGCAUGUUCAGGGCAUGUUUUUAAGUCCUGUCGAUUUUUACAGAACUGUAUUCUGAGUUUAAAGAAAUCUGUGAUCCUGGCUUGGGUCUCGGGUGAAUCAGUGUGUGGUGUCCAGGUCAGGGAGAGAACAAUGUGUAUUGACAGUAUUAUGUUUGUAAUCCCAAUUUUAAUGGGGUGUCCAUGCAAGACAAUCCAGACCCGACUAGUCUUAGAACUUAGUGGCUGUUCCCCACAGGCCCGGCCAGCUUUCCCGGGAACAAGUCAGAGUUACAGUCUGUUUGAAAGCUUCCCAGAGACAGUUGUGAACACUCCCCAUCGGGCCAGGCGCAUCUGGCAAAGGGCCACCAGCCCUGCCACCAGGGCCUGGCUGGGCCAGUCAGCCUCCCGCCCGGCCCCGGAGUGAUUCGAGUAAAAGGAAGGCUGCGAGUCUUGCUCUGCCGGGGGGCGGCUGCCUUGGCCACGGUUAUUGGACCCACAGUGUCCCGCAGCUGGCUCGCAUCUGAACCGCAGCCCUCAUGACAGAACCUCUUCCUAGGGGAGGGGUUGGGCCAACAUGGGCAUCUCUCAGACAAUCUACUGGGGCUCACUGAUGCUGUCGCCGCUGCUGCAGUUUGCUAGACCCCCAGCAGCAUGGACCCCGGAAGAUGGUCCAAACCAUUAUCAAAUGGUUUGACAAAUGGCUAUUAUUGCAUGCCAACCCAGGUCAGUUAUUUAAGCAGUGAGGCAAUCUGGCCUGGCACCUCUACAGGAAACGACUGUGACAGCAGUCACGGGCCCUCUUCACCCUGUCCUCCUGGCACUGGGGGCAGUGUGGCCGCUGCCCUGUCUUUUCAAAAUUCCACAUUUGAGACAAUCGUGUCCGGGCGGAAGAGCUUGGGUUGCAGAUCGGUGUGGCUAGGGGUGUUCACCAUUUCCCUCCUAGACUUGUUGGCACUUGUGCUCUAGGAUUCCCACUUUGCAUGCAUGGAAACCCAGGUGUCUGGGAGUCAGAGAUUUUCCAGGCAACGAGCCCCGCGGACUACAGCAGGAGGCAGAGGGCGGCAAACUGCAGAGGGAAGAGCCGUGCAGCGGCUUGACAGCAGGGAAGGUGACCGGAAGGCCAAGGGGCCCGCCAGAGGUUCCGGGGUGUGUCGGCCCCACCGGAGGCUCCAGGGGUGGGUUGGCCUCACCGGAGGCUGACUGGGUGCGCUCGUUUCCUCCCCGGGAACCAAGAGGUGUGGCCACGUUGUCUAUUGUACUUUCUUGGCAUGUCUAAAGGUACUUUUCUAUUGUCAUUUUAAAAAAUAAAGUCAUGAGUAUUCUA